AUGGAUAAAAGACUAAUAAAUUUCUGGGUGAUUGGUUAUUAUGUUCAAGACUUACUUCUAUCUUUAGAUUCUAUCAUGGUUUCAAGGAUUGAGAUGAUGGAUAGUCAAUCAUUGGAAUCAAUUGGUUUACCAGAUUGGAUUAUAAAGAACUUAAACGAUCAAGGAAUAGUAGAGUUGUUGGCAGUUCAAAAUGAAAUAGUACCAUUCAUCGCUCGAACCGAAGGACAUGAUAUUUGUGUUUGCGCACCAACAGGUUCCGGUAAGACACUUGCAUACGUCUUACCAAUUGUACAGAAGCUUUAUAAUAGAGUAGUCAGAAGAUUGCGUGUCAUCUGUAUCGUUCCAACACAUGAUCUAGUCACCCAAACAGAAGCUACAUUCAAAUCGAUAACCAAAGGUACCGAUCUAGUGGUUGAAACACUUGGAUUAAGAUCAUUCGCAUUGGAGCAAUCAUUAAUUGUAUCAUCUCAUUUCAAUGAUGAGAAUAAUAGUGUUACAUAUCAAAGUUUAGUUGAUAUAAUCGUUUGUACACCUGGUAGACUUGUAGAGCAUCUCAAUGAAACACCCGGGUUUGACUUGCAGCAUCUCACUUAUUUAGUUAUUGACGAAGCAGAUAGAUUAUUGAGAGAGUCAUUCCAAUAUUGGUUAGAGAAGGUUAUGGAUUCUUCGAGUGUAUCAAAAGAAAGAUUGAUAUCUAUUGGUUCAAGAGGUGAUAUAAGUAUAAGUGAUUCAAAGUAUAAUAAUACAAGUAGUGGUGGAAGUAGUAAUUUCAGAUCACACAUAGAUCAUCUAUCCUUUAAAGAGUCGAGAGUAAUCAAGCUAUUGCUAUCUGCUACAAUGAGUUACAAUCCAGAGAAGAUUUCAUUGUUGAAAUUGAAUGCACCACUCUACUUCCAAUCCAACAAGAUAUCGGAAUUGAAAUACACCAUACCAGACACACUUAAAGAGAGUUAUAUUGCAUGUCACUCUGAUCAAAAACCAUUGGCACUUAUCAGUGUCAUAGGUAAUAUAUUUAAAUCGAAACAACAACAACAAACAGAUCAAAAUGAUAAUAUAGCAAGAAUCAUUUGCUUUACAAAUUCAAUUGAUAUCACACAACGUCUAAACACACUGCUAGGCUUCAUCGGUGAGGUAGAUGGUGUUAAAUUGAAACCAGCUCAAUAUUCAUCGUCAAUCAACUCUAUCGAACGUUCAAAUUUAUUAAAGUUAUUUGCAAAUGGUGAUAUUAAUGUUUUAAUAUGUAGUGAUAUUUUAGCAAGAGGUAUGGAUCUUCCAAAUGUAGAUGCUGUUAUUAAUUAUAAUGCGCCACCAUCGGCAGUGUUGUAUGUACAUAGAGUCGGUAGAACAGCUAGAGCAGGAAGAAAAGGUUCUGCAUACACUAUAGUUGCAAGAGAAGAAAAAUCAUACUUUACAAAUAUGAUAAAGAAAGCAGGAAGAACACAAAAGAUGGAUAAACUCACUUGGAAGAAAGAACAAUAUCAGAAAUAUACUAAAUCAUACAAGAAUGCACUUAGUCAAACCAGAACAAUCUAUGCAAAGAGAAAAGCAAAUCAAAAGUUAUUUAAAUCAAUCAACAACCUCUCACAGUCCUCUGCAUUGACAACAGAAGAUAAUCAAUCUAUAAUAGUACAAGAUUUAACGGAAAUCAAUAAAAAGAGACUACUUAUUAAUUUUGAAUAA